CAAUCGAAAUGUAAACAAAACCUCCCGCCCAGACAAAAAGAAAGAAAGUGAAAACCCGCAACAAAAAAUAACAACUCUCCAGACAUGGUUCGCGAAGAAAUUUGUUAAAAUCCGAAAACCGGCGCGCGAUGGCCGGCCGUAGUAGUGUUAGCAUUGUGCGGGCCCUGCAGGAGCGCGAGUGUGGAAAGGGUCGCGGCAAGGUCUUCCGGCAGCUCGCCCUGGAACUGGCGGAAAUCAGCCUGAUUGAACGGCUCAAAUCGGAGGAUCUUUGCAAGUCCUUGGAUGAUCUCUCAAAUGAAACGGAAUCAGUGUUCAACAUUGAACAAAGCCACAAUGGCCAUUAUGCGGCCACCGUUCAGACCAACAAAAGCGUCAACAUCUUUGAAGUUACUUCUAUGAGGAAAAAGGCGGAAUACCACACCAACGAGCGCUCGGUCUGGACACUGUCCUUCCAUCCCACAAACUGCAACAUCAUUGCGUUCGGAACGUUGGGCGGCAAGGUGCUGGUUUACGUCGAUGGGCAGGAGACCGCCGUGUUGAGCGGAUCGGAACCCAUCGGUUGUUUAUGCUUCCAUCCGGUGGGGAACUAUUUGGUGUUUGCUAGUGGGAACGAGUUCACCUUUUGGGACUGGCAGAACGAUUCCACGCAGAUCGUGGACAUGUUCAGCGACUGCAAGUGUCGCUUUCUGCAGAUUACGACCGAUUCGGUGCUUGUGACGGCGAUUUCGCAGACGCUCCAGUUUGCGUCGGCUGGGAUCGCGAAGAAUUUGGGAGCCGUUGAGCCGCAAGGAAUGAUGGUGUCGUUUCUGAGGACGGUCAAUUUUAUGCUCGAUGCGUUGGAGCACGGUUGCACGAUCGGGAACAGCUUCAACUGUGAGCUGAAGAAGCAGUUUUUCUUCUGGAAUCAUCUGAUCAAUGGGAUCUUGAGUAAAACGGACCAGUUGAGGUACUUUCCGUCUAUCAAAGCCGAUGCCAAGUGUACGAAAUCGUACCUCGACGACACGCUCCGGAUUUUGGAUCGCCGCGUCGACAUCAUCCUCGAAUGUGUGGAACGGAUGGCGCUCAACCGGAUAGCGCCGCCGGCCAACGAAAACAUCUGUGAUAACACCAUUGACAAGUAUUGCUUCGAGCCGAUGGUUUACUUCGAGCGCGUUUGCUACAACUUUGUCGAGCAAAGAUGCGGCUACAUGAAGUAUCAAUUCGACAUUUCGCUCGUGCGAAGUAUUAUGCGCAAGCUGUACCGACUGUUUCUCGAGUUUGGUCACACGGUCACGGCCGAGGAGUGGCCCAAUCCGGAAUUCUAUCUGGACUCGUCGCGAGCGGCUCAGAAAAACCAAUUCAUCCUGCAGGCCUGGAACGUUGAGACGUUCUGUGGCGUUACGGAGUUUCCUAACUUUAAAGAAGACUGGAGAAACGUGCUAACUGUUUGCUCAAUCAACAACGACUCAAAUGUCUCGAUCUCACAAUGCGAACGGUUUAUUUCCACCGUUCGGAUAAAGACCGUCAAGGAAAUGGAGGUUCGCAGCUUGUCGCGUGACAACUUCGGCGAGUGCCUGUUUGUGUUCAAAUUUGUCGCCAACUUUGUCUCGCUGUCGUUUUCCCCCUCCGGGAAAUACAUCGUGAUUGGGCUUCGAUGCAAGCAGCGCAUGAAGUUUGCCUAUGUGCUGGACAAGGACACCAAGUGGAAGGUUGGCGUCGAUUUCCGGACCGUGUCCGACAUCGUCGAGAGCAACCAGCACGAGGCGGAAAGUUGCGGACCGAAUGAGCGAGUUGGGCUGAAACUGUGUCUACCGAAGGAGUCGUCCAACUACAAGGAGAUCAAUUGCAUCAAGUGGGCUGCCCUGCCGGGGUACGGAUUCUUCGUCGGACUGAAGUCGAAGUUUAUACAAAUCUGCAGAUAACCAACCAAUGUGAGUACAGAAGGGAAUAAUCACUAUUUCUACGCUGAGCACCAAAAUCGAAC